AUGACAGCCGGGGUGGCUGCAACAUAUUCCGUAAAAGUAGCUUCCUUGACGACACAGAUCCCUCUUCCUAUACACUAUGACCUUUCACAUCCUCCAGACGCAAUCACAGACUAUCCUCCACACCAGCGUCAACGUCAUUUCGUCCCUCCGUUGGUAAGCGAACGCUCAUGGAGCGUUGUCGAGUAUGAAAAUAAUACCGAUUCAUACUCAAGUAAUCGAAGAAACAACCGGGGUCAUGUUCCCCAACUAAAGAAGAAAAGAAUUGGAGCAUCCUGGCUACAAACGAAGUUAAAGAAGGACAGAUUAGAGACUAUUUUAAUGGCAUCAGAAGUCAUGGAUCAAAUCCACCUCCAUAUUCUUAAACGCCGUCAUCCCAACAAUUCCCACCCGCUUAUCUCUCACUAUACAACUAUGCUCGCCACAACGCUUCUCUCGCUCCGUCUGCCAAAGCAUUCUUUGAAGUACGAAAGAAGACGGCCCGAGGAUUUUGUUUGUAGAUCCGAGAAGAUCGAGAAUUAUGGAGUGAGUGGGAGUGAGAUAGAAGGGGAUGAAAAUUGUACGCAGAGCCAAAUAGUUGGGAAGAAGAGCCGCACGGGGGAGUAUUGCCGCAGGUAUCGUGGAGGUGGAAACGGUGUCGAAAGUGUGAACUGUUUGCCAUUGCAUAGUGGAAGUACAUCACCCAUCAUUUAUGUUCCAUCCCCAGGAUUGAGAUUUAGCUCCGACUCACUAUUUUUCGACAUUGUUAAAUAUAGUGAGCCUC